AUGGCUGCUGGUGUGAUACGGUCUGUCUGUGACUUCCGGUUGCCCCUACCAUCACAUCAGCCCUUCCUGCCCACAGAUCUGGAGGUUCCAGAAACUUCUGAAGAAGAAGAAGAGGAGGAGGAAGACGAGGAAGAGGGAUACCAGGAGCUGCAAGAUGAGGGGCCACAGGACUGCAGCCCAGACUCCCAGAGCUCAGGAGUGGCCCCCCAGAGUCCCAGCAGUCCUGAGACCCCAAUGCAGCUGCUGCGCUUCUCAGAGCUUAUCAGUGGCGACAUUCAGCGGUACUUUGGACGAAAGGACACAGGGCAAGACCCAGAUGCCCAAGAUGUCUAUUCUGACAGCCAACCAGCCAGCUGCUCUGCCCGGGACCUGUACUAUGCUGACCUGGUACGCCUGGCCCAGGAUGGGUCCCCAGAGGAUGAGGAGGCUGCUGAGCUCAGUGUGCAUGUGCCUGGGGGGCCUGAGGGUCAGGUGCACAGGCUGGGCCACAGAGGAGACAGGGUGCCACCGCUGGGCCCCCUGGCUGAGCUCUUUGACUAUGGGCUUCGGCAGUUCUCCAGGCCCAGAGUGUCAGCUUGUCAAAGACUGAGGCUAGAGCGUAAGUAUAGCCACAUUACCCCCAUGACCCAAAGGAAAUUGCCUUCAUCCUUCUGGAAGGAGCCUGUACCCAACCCACUAGGCCUACUGCAUCCUGACACACCAGAUUUUAGUGAUCUGCUGGCCAGCUGGUCUGCUGAGAGUAGCUCUGAGCUGCAGAGUGGAGGCCCCCAGGCCCUGGAGGGAACACAGCUUACUGAGGUGUAG